AACAUCAACCGCUUCUCUUUUCCCUUAUAACAAAGGUAUGGCAGAACGGCGUCCGGCUUUAGUUUUGCUCGACUUCUAAACUCCCGGCGCGAGUUUGCAUCUCGGAGAAGUUAGAGGAUACCUGAACUUGCCUUCUGCGGCGCAGGUUAGCCUCCUGCGACGAACUCUUAUCAUUACAAAGUGAGGUAUGGCCAAACAUCACCCUGAUCUGAUUAUGUGCCGGAAACAACCGGGGAUCGCCAUUGGACGGCUUUGCGAGAAGUGUGAUGGCAAGUGUGUGGUCUGCGACUCCUACGUCCGUCCUUGCACCCUUGUGAGGGUUUGUGAUGAAUGCAACUACGGAUCUUUCCAAGGCCGGUGUGUAAUCUGCGGCGGAGUUGGAAUUUCCGAUGCCUACUAUUGCAAAGAGUGUACGCAGCAGGAGAAGGAUAGGGAUGGAUGUCCAAAGAUUGUGAAUUUAGGUAGUGCGAAAACCGACCUCUUUUACGAACGCAAGAAAUAUGGCUUUAAGAAACGAUGAUCGUAAUUAAGCAUCACUAAGAUGUACUUAGAUGUUGUAAUGAUUUGUAUUUGGAGAUUAUUACAAGCAUAUUUAGACUCCUUCGUGUAUUGAGUUUCUCUAUCAAUCUAUACAUUGUUACAGGUAGUACA